AUGCCCAGUGCAUAUAGCAAACAAAUGCGUCAAUUGAGGAAAAUUUAUCUAGAUAACAAAAGAUCUAAGAAUUUUUCUAUCGCACAACCCGUUGAUGUUUCAACUAUUAAUUCAUCUCGCAUACUCGCUGGAAACUCAAAUCUUGGUAGCGGAAACAUUCAAUCAUCAAUUAGCUCAAGACAUGUUUCUAAAUGCAAAGAAAAUAACAUAAAAGAUACAUCUUAUUCAUGUCCUAAAACACAUUCACAAGUUGUUGCCACUAAUGCAGUGGUUAGAAGUCCAUUGUCGGAUAUUACAAAAGAUAUGUCUAACUACACUAAUAAUAAUACUACACCUUCAUCAGAUACUAGACAUGUUUCUAAAUUUAAAGAAAAUAUCAUCCAAGAUAGAUGUUAUCCAAGCCUUAAAACACCUACACAAGUUGUUUCUACCAAUCAAAGCAUUAUAAGUCCAAUGGGCAUUAUGAGUGAGAUGCCUAAUUACAACAAAAACAAUACUCGACCGUCAUCAAAUACAAGAAGAAUGUCUACCCGGUCUACUUCGAUCACCAUCAACCGUACAUGUUUGUCAUCUCAUCAAACUCCUAAUGGUAAAUAA